AUGUCAUCUAACCAAUCAUUCAAAAGCCAACAUGAAGAGGCCUACGCCUCUCUGAUGAGAGGCCUGAAGGAGCUGGACCUACAGGGACCCUGUGUUCCCAGUGACCUGGUCCUGAUCGGAGACCAUGCUUUUCCUUUAGCAAUGAACAGCCGAGGUCAGGUCCUGAUGGCUGCUUCUCUGUACGGCAGUGGAAGGAUUGUGGUCCUGGGUCAUGAGGGCUACUUGACAGCCUUUCCUGCUCUGGUAGAAAAUGCUGUGACCUGGCUGAGAGGUGAUGGAUCUGAUAACCUCUCAGUAGGGGUGCAGAGAAAUGUCAGUGCUGUUGCUGAUAACCUCCAAAAACCCAGCUUCCAAGUAGAAGUUGUGGGAGCUUUCAGUGACAACCUGGGAGUUGGCGUUUAUGUGACCGAUGCCUACAGCGUGGGCUCAGACCCAACAGAGCUGGUGGCGUUUCUGAAAGCUGGAGGAGGGGUGCUGAUAGCUGGGCAGGCGUGGAGUUGGGCUGCAAAUCAUCCCAAAGAGAACACACUGCAUCAGUUUGAAGGGAAUAAAGUGGCAGGGGUGGCAGGAAUCUACUUCACUGAGCGUUGUGGUGAGGUGGAGAACCUGCCCGUCUACCCUCAGAUCCCGUCCUCCUGGAAGUCGUUAGCGACAGGAAAGGACUUCAAGGAUGACUUAGAGUUCUUACUCCAAGGGGUUUCAGAGUUCGACCUACCAUCUGAUUGUGUAUUUUCUGAGGUUCUAGUCCACGGACCGCUAGCAUUUCCCAUCGGAACUACAGAAGAUGGACGUCCAUUCCUGGCAGGAGCCUACUAUGGGCGAGGACGGGUCAUUGUGGUUACACAUGAAGCAUAUCUAGCAGUCAAGAGCAUGGCUCCAUUUUGGAGAAAUGCCAUUCACUGGUUGGAUGAAGGGCGCAGAGGGGUUGUUGGUGUCAUGGUGGAUCCUGCACUCAAAGUUCUGAGUGAGUCUGGGCUGAAGUGCGAGAAGACAAACUUCAGGAAAGACCUCAGCGUGUUUGUGUGUACAGCGUAUAUCACUGAGCAUUUGGAGGAAAUUCAAAACUUUGUGGCAGAGGGAGGAGGCCUGCUGAUUGGAGGACAUGCCUGGUACUGGGCGCAGACAUAUCCUGGGCAAAAUCCACUUACAGAUUUCUCAGGGAACAAGAUCCUGAACCAAAUGGGAUUGAGCCUUUUGGGAGCAAAAAUCCGUGCAGGAACAUACAAAGCCUUUGUACCCAGCUGGCCGAUUAAAGAUACUUACCACUUCCGCCACCUUCUACACCGCUUCGCUGCCCAUGUGACUACAGGUGUAGAACUUAGCAAGCAUGAGGAGGGAUGUCUUAAAAAGCUGGGCAACGACUGUGAUGCUUACUUGCGCACAAAGGCACGUGGCUGCUUCUAUUACACUCAAGUGUUGGCUGCACUCACUGACAUGUUAAAGAGGUCAGGCCUGCCACAGGUGAGUGACAGCUGCCCUGCAAAGACGCCAAAAGACCAUCUACUCCUCAGUUUGGGAUCACCUGUAUAUGAGUUUUGCCUAAAUCCUGAGGCUCUCCUGCCCUACCUCAUCAAGGAUAGGCCACUGAUGCCAGACGUCUAUAACCACAGGCUCAAGAUCGAUGUUACCACAGCAGAUGGGGAAGAGUGGAUCAGCACUGGUCUCUACCUCUCUCCUGGUAUGAGUACCGACAUGGUAAUGCCAGCUGAGACUGUCAACAAGGACUGGACGAUUCAGAUAGGCUGUCAAACUGAUGACCUACACAGAAAGGAUGAGCUGAAGAGACCACCACGUGUUCAUGAGCGAUUUCCUGUUACAUCAGAGAUGCUGCAUGUGUCCAACCUGUGGGGGGGGCUCAUCUACCUGGUGGCCCCACCCAACACACAAGUGAAGGGGUUGGAGAUCAUAGUGCAGAAAGCUGUAACUGUUCCAUAUUACAAGUCUGGUGUGACAACUGCAGCUGAGUGGUCGUUGCUGCGCACGGCUCCUGGGCCCUGGGCAGAGUUGGAGUUUGAAAACAUCGUCCUCACCGUACCAUCAGAUGCUGUUCGGGGUCUGGAGCACCCAGACAAGGUGGCCGCUCUCUGGGAUGAAAUGACGAGGGCCAUUGCAGAUCUGGCUGCCAAACCACACAAAUUUCCUCGCAAGGAGCGCUUUGUGACAGAUGUGCAGAUUUCUGCUGGCUUGAUGCAUUCAGGUUAUCCCAUCAUGGCACACCAUGCCUCAGCUGCUGAAGUAGUUGGUGUUAAAAAAGGUGAACAACUGUGGGGCCCCAUCCAUGAACUUGGACACAACCAACAGAGAAGCUGCUGGGAGUUCCGACCACACACCACAGAGUGUACAUGCAACCUGUGGUCAGUGUAUGUGCAUGAAGAGGUGCUGGGCAUCAACAGAGCACAUGCUCAUGGUAAUUUGACUUUAGCAAACCGAAAGAGUCGAGUAGAGGAGUACAUCAAGGGAGGAAGGAAACUCAGUGACUGGAGUGUGUGGGUUGCCCUGGAAACAUAUCUGCAGCUCCAGGAAAAGUUUGGCUGGGAUGCCUUUAAGAAGGUGUUUGCUGCGUACCACCACAUGAGCAACUUUCCUCAUGACAACGGCACAAAAAUGAACCUGUAUGCUGAGACUUUCUCCCAGACUGUGGGAAUGAACCUGACCGGCUUCUUCAAGGCCUGGGGCUGGCCCAUCAAAACAGCCACUGAGAGGAAACUGUCCCAGCUGCCUUAUUGGAAUGAUCACCCCAUGACCCAGUACAGAUGA